AUGUCUCGAGCCGAGCUAUUUCAAGAUGGUAAUGUUUCACCAAGAAGGGAAGUAGUGGACGACUUAAUAGUGCCAGAAUUCGAGUAUGUUGAAGUGAACAAUGUGGAAGAUUCUUCAAACAAUGAUGGAUCUUACCCUGGAGCAGAACAGGACCAAACUGCAGAUGACAGAUUUGAAUUCUUCCCAUUAUUUACAACAGAGGGGUUGACAAAGGUUGAUCUUAACGAACAUGUUGCUGAUUUAGAACCAGUAAUUCAAGAAAGACCCAGAAGUUAUUACUAUACGUCUUAUGAUGAUAUAGAGAAAAAUCGUUUUGAAGAAGCAGGUAUAACCUACGACCAGCUACUUGAGAUGAGCCGAACGCCUUACAAUAGAUACAAAGAGCAUGUCCUAGAUAUAAAUAAGCAUAAUUCUACAAUAGAAAAACAACAUUUAAAGGAAAAGAAAGCAAAAAAGAGAAAACCUGGUAAGAAUCAAAGACUGGCCAGGAAUCAAGCAAAAUUAAAUAUCGAAAAACGAGAAGAACUAAGAAAACAAUUAAAGAAGAAAUUCCGUAAGAGGGGUGGUAAAAAGAAUAAAAAGAAGGAGAAACUAAAUCCUUUAUUGCAUGCUGGUGCCACAUCUACCGAAAUUAUUAAGGUAUGA